GUAAUUCCACCAUUACGUUACAUAACAACUGCAUUAGAAAAAAUUAAGUAUGACUGUUAAAACAAGCCGCAGAUAUAAUGAGUCAACAAGAAAUUCUGCCGACAGUACGAUGGUACUACCUAAAGUAACAAUCGAACAAGGAACCCUUCGCGGUUCCACCGCCACAGACAUUCGCAAGAAUGCCUUCUUCAAGUUUCAGGGUAUCCCGUACGCGAAACCACCACUUCAAGACUUACGAUUCAAAGCACCCGUUCCUCCCGAACACUGGCCAGGAAUUUUAGACGCAACCAAGGAGAGAGAAGCUUGCUACCAAAAAGACAUUUUCAAAGACGACGGCUACUUCGGGAGCGAAGACUGUUUGUACUUAAACGUCUACACCAAAAGACUCCCAACAACCAACAAAGAACUACAACCUGUGAUGUUCUGGAUCCACGGAGGCGGAUUCAUUGCGGGUUCGGGCAGCGAAAACUUGUAUGGUCCCGAGUUUUUGAUCACCAAUGGGGUGGUACUAGUGACGGUAAAUUACCGCCUUGGGUUACUCGGUUUCAUCAACUUUGACGAUCCUUGUCUCGACGUACCAGGAAAUGCGGGUUUGAAGGACCAAGUGAUGGCUUUGAAGUGGGUCCAGAAAAAUAUUAGUGCUUUUGGGGGCGACCCCAACAAUGUGACCAUUUUUGGGGAAGGAGCGGGUGGUGCGUCGGUCCACCUAUUGAUGCUGUCGCCCUCAGCUGCAGGUCUUUUCCAUAAAGCGAUAGCUCAAAGCGGGUGUGCGUUAAAUCCGUGGGUACGUGGUACCAAAGGUACUAAAAGAGUGGCGGCAGCUCUAGAUUUACAAGAAUCUGACGAGAAAACCAUCUACAACGCGUUAAUGACGAAACCGGUCGAAGAAUUGUACACCAUUCAAGAGAAAAUUGUCGAUAGUUUGAACGCCAGCGAAAUUAGACCUUUCGGUAUCGUCUUGGAGAAGAAUUCGAAAGAACCGUUUCUGGUCGACGAACCUUUAGCCAUCAUGUCGUCUGGAAACUUCAACCAAGUACCCUUUAUAAUCGGGUACACGCUAAACGACACAACAUAUUCCAAAAUUUUCCAAAAAUUUGUCAACCUUGAAGGGGGUAACGUUGAAAAAGCAAUCCCUUGGAACUUCGGGUACAAAUACGGGAGUCCUGAGGCAGACGCCGCAGUUAAAAAAAUCAGCAAAUUUUAUUUCGACAAUCAAGAGUACUCAGGAAAGAUCGACAAGUUUGACUUGUGGUCAGACUGUCACUUUAUUUAUGGAAUUUACGUCACUGUAAUCACUCAGGUCAAAGUCUCCCAACAACCGAUUUUCCUCUACAGGGUCACCGUAGAAACCGACUUAAACUUGUUUAAAAACAAGGCGGUUAAUAAACCUGGGACUUUUCAAAGCAAUGACGUCAACCACCUUUUCGAAAAUUUUGCCACCCCGAAAAUCCGGCGCGGGAGCUUGGAGGACAUUUCGGUGUCCAGAUUCGUCAGGUUGUGGACGAACUUCGCCAACUAUGGAAACCCGACACCUGAAGAUGCCACCGACGUGCUCAACAUAGUAUGGAAAGCUGUGACUGGACCGGAUCUCGAUUUUCUGGACAUCGGUCAAUACCUAGUACCUAUGGUCAACCCCGACCAAGAAAGAAUCGCGUUUUGGAAAAAUCUGUUUGCUGACAGUCCAGCUGGACAGAAAUUGACAUGACAUGUAUUAUUAACUAAUCUAAAAAUAAAUGCAUUUCUGCAACUUGGAAAAA